CCCGUCCAUCCCAACAGCGGCGAACGGCUGAUAUCGAUUGACGUCAUCGAUCCGCGGCACCACCCCUCCGCCAAUCAGCUCUCGCCUCUCCCAUCUAUAAAAUUCCCCGCCCCCCUCCCCGUCUUCCCACAUCUCAUCUGCAAUCCCCACACCUCCCACACAUCCUCCGGCGAAACCAAACCCCAGCCCGCCGCACCGUCAGCACCCCUGGCGCCCAAGGCCGAGAAGCAGCCGGCGGCGAAGAAGAAGGGCAAGAAGAAGGCCAAGAAGAGCGUGGAGACGUACAAGAUCUACAUCUUCAAGGUGCUGAAGCAGGUGCACCCCGACAUCGGCAUCUCCUCCAAGGCCAUGUCCAUCAUGAACUCCUUCAUCAACGACAUCUUCGAGAAGCUCGCCGGCGAGGCCGCCAAGCUGGCGCGGUACAACAAGAAGCCCACCAUCACGUCCCGGGAGAUCCAGACCUCCGUCCGCCUCGUCCUCCCCGGCGAGCUCGCCAAGCACGCCGUCUCCGAGGGCACCAAGGCCGUCACCAAGUUCACCUCCUCGUAGAGUGCUCCUGCUCCUGUGUCUCGUAGUUAGCUGUCCGGGUGUGUUUGUGGCCGUGUAAUCGUGUAAGAAUCGCACCGCGAUGUUUCUGUAUCUCGAGAAAUAGUAACGGUGCCUGCCUCAAUGUUCGGUACUA